AUGCACGCAAGCAAGCAAGAAGUCAUGGAGUUUGUGUCUUAUUUGAAAGAUCCCAGGAAAUAUCAGGCACUUGGGGCGAAACUUCCGAAGGGCGCUCUUCUUCUUGGCCCACCGGGCACUGGAAAGACGUUGUUGGUUAAAGCUUUGGCCAACGAAUCAGGUGUCCCAUUUUUCUCAAUGGCCGGUUCUGAGUUCGUUGAAGUAAUCGGAGGGCUUGGCGCUUCGCGCAUUCGUCAACUCUUCCGGGUUGCCCGAUCACAUUCACCGGCGAUUAUUUUCAUCGAUGAGCUGGACUCUAUCGGUCGUCGACGUUCUGCUGUUGACACUGGCAACCGUUCUGGUCCCCAGGGUGGUGGAGGUGGUGGCGCUUCUGAGAUGGAACAGACUCUAAACCAACUUCUUUCGGAAAUGGACGGAAUGGUCACAGCUGAAGGCACUAUCGUGUUUGCUGCCACAAAUCGUGCCGACUUGUUGGACAAGGCGCUACUCCGUGCCGGUCGCUUUGACCGUCAUAUUUAUGUUGACCUGCCGAAUUUGGAGGAGCGCAAGGAGCUUCUGGCAAUGUACACCGCAAAAUAUCUAUUGUCACCAACCAUUGUCCAAAGUGACUUAAUCGAACGUUUUGCCACACAGACUCCUGGAAUGAGUGGAGCAGACAUUGCUCGCUUGUGCAAUGAAGCUGCUCUCGGUGCUGCUCGCCGUAGUAACUUUCUCGAGGGAGUCACUUUGGAUGACUUUGAAGCUGCGUUUGAACGCGUUUUAGUAGGGGCUGCCAAGCGCUCCAAUCCUCUGUCCCCUCCUGAACGACGCGUAGCUGCCGUCCAAGAAGCUGGCAGAGCUCUUAUUGCUUGGCUUCUACCUCACUCCGGUCUGUCGCUGGUGAAGGUUUCUAUCGUGCCACGCACUACGGCAGGAAUGGGUGAUUCUUCUGGUUUGGGAUUCACUCAUUUAGCUCCAGAGGAGAGGCGUUUGUUCAAUACUGAAGAGCUCAGUGAUCGAAUGGCCAUACUGCUUGGUGGCCGCGCUGCUGAGCAGGUCAUAUUCAACGCUGUUUCCGACGCAUCACAACGCUACUUACGGCAGGCCAGUAGUUUGGCCCUCAAGCAGGUUCGUGUAUGGGGUAUGUCGAAAUCUCUGGGCAAUUUGAGCUUUGAGGACGCCUCAUCCGAAAAUGAAUACCUAUUGAAACCAUACAGCCGACGAACUCACGCCCUGAUCGAAUUGGAGGCUCAACAACUCGUCUCGGCGGCUUUCGCACGCUGCAUUCAGCUACUCCAGGCCAACAAGUCGAGACUGCAGCGGUUGAUCGAUACCUUGCUUCAAAAGGAGGUGUUGACAUACGACGAACUAGACCAAAUCUGUCUGAACACACCCCAAGAUGUAUCCUCCAGUGCUUCAAAAGCCUAG